UUUGACUGUAUCCAAGAAACCGGAUCCAGCGGUAGUUUGUUUCUAUGGUUACACAGUAACUUGACUUGAACACUGGCCAAGGUGGGAAAGGUUGCUGCAAGAUAUUCGAAGGUUAAAAGCAUCUUGUGCAGGACAUGGGGGUGGCACUUUCCAGGGCAGUUCAGUGGGACAGUUCCGGGGCAGAUAAACUGGAGAAUACCCCUCUGAAUAAAGCCAUGCUCAGUGAAAUCCUGCUCUUCACUGAGGAGUUCGGCGCCAGACACCCACAGGAGGCCAAACUUGUAUUCAGAGAGCCUUUACAAUGGAAAACAUCUCUAGAAGCUUCUGAUUUCAAAACAGAGUACGACAUCAGUGGUGAAUCAGUUAUGUCCCAGGAGUCUGAUAAGGAAGGACGUCCCCUUCUCCAUCUCACUCCACCUGACAUCACAGUGUACACAUUUCAGCACCUCUCCAAUCUUCUGCAACUGACUGAAGACAAAAAGAUGAAAGAAGUUCAGGCCUGUUUGGAUGCUAACAGGGACCCACUGAAAAAGAUCCUGGGGUCCAAUUCGGCCACAGUUCACCUAGACGAAGGGGAAGAGGAUGAGCUGAGUGGGGAAAAGGAGCUCGAAAUGAAGCUGUUAAACAACCUAAAAGAGCUGGACACAAAACUGCUCAACAUUGCUGUCGGACAGAUCACCAGAGAGGGCAGGCUAAGCCCAGCAGCUGUUGAUGGAGAGGUAGAUCAGUUGAAGAGUUUAUGUGGGACAGGAGAAAGCCUGGUACUGAAGUCUGUACGCUACACAUCAGAUUAUGUUUUCUCAAAUGGUUGCCGCUCUCCUCCCUGGAGACAGAUGGAUGGAGAAAUCUGCUCUCUCAUAAUUGAGACUUGUGACACUGAGCCCACACUGUUCAUCACUUGCAGCACCACCGGAGUCUUCCUCCAUGAGGGACUCAUCGGGGACGUGGAUGAGAACUCUUAUAAGACGAAGAGUGAUGUCUACCAAGAUCUUGUCACGCUGUUGAAAAACAAGUCUCCUCACUUCGCCAAGACUAUAAGUGAACAGGCCAUUCAAGAGGUGCCAUCUGAAAAGUUCCAACACAUGGAAACAGUUGAUGAACAGGAAACAGGCCAAACCUUGCGUUCUUACGACCGUCGGGAGAAGAACGUGCACGAGAAGGCGAAACAACAGCUUGUGCAGGAGAAGCCGGGCGGUAGAAUGAAGAAAUUUGAACCAUCUUUGAAAUGGAAGAACCUCGGGCUCACAUCCUCUUAUGAUAAGGUGGAGGUGAAAAAGGCCGGAAGAAGUGGAGAAGGCAAGAACAUCUUGCCACACGGCACGAAGUCACCGGCAUCAGACAGCAAAAAAAGAGCUAAUUUCUCAGAAACGUCUCUACAAGGCUGCCGGUCCUCUCAAAAAAUUAAGACCCCGGGAGGAGCUGAUGAUUUCAUUGAGAGUUCAUCGGAGGGUGAGGAGGAUGAAGAACAGCCAGACAGACGUGCAGAGACCACCACCGACCUGCCUAACGAAUACUGGCAAAUCCAGAAACUGGUCAAAUAUUUAAAGGGGGCUAAUCAGACAGCCACGGUGAUUGUUUUGUGCUCCUUGAGAGACUUUAAUCUGGUCCAGGAGACGUGUCAGCUGGCUAUCAGAGACGUGGGGGGGCUGGAGGUUCUUAUCAACCUGCUUGACACAGAAGAGAUCAGAUGUAAAAUCGGUUCUCUGAAGAUCCUGAAAGAGGUGUGCUGUAACUCGCAGAUUCGGCGAGCCAUCGUUGAUCUGGGAGGCUUGCAGACCAUGGUGUCUAUCCUGGACUCUUCUGACAAAGAGCUCAAGUGUCUGGCAGCAGAGACCAUCGCCAACGUGGCCAAGUUCAGACGGGCCCGCAGGAUGGUCCGACAACAUGGUGGCAUCAAGAGGCUGUCAUUCCCAUUGCUGUUGGGUGACAUCGUCAUUCCUGUUGAAAUUCAACAGACCCUGGACAGUACAUGCAGAGAUGCCAAUUUUAGGCAUAUCUGGAGUGGUCUCUUCAUUUUUACUGCAGCUGUGGAGUUAUUAAACUGCGUGCCUGAUGGUGCGUCUGUGGGCGCGGAGCGGGAGAGAGACAUGGAAGUGGCGCGCUGCGGAGCUCUGGCUCUCUGGAGCUGCAGCAAAAGCACCAGGAACAAGGAGGCCAUCCGGCGGGCAGGGGGAAUACCUCUGCUGGCCCGGCUGCUCAGAUCGCCGCAGAAGAACAUGCUUAUCCCUGCGGUGGGAACCCUUCAGGAGUGCGCUUCUGAGAGGAGCUACAGAAUUGCUAUACAGACUGAGGGCAUGAUUAAAGAUCUGGUGAAGAACCUCAGCAGUGACAACCAGGAGCUCCAAAUGCACUGCGCCAGCGCUAUCUUUAAGUGUGCAGAAGAUAAACAGACACGUGAUCUGGUGCGGCAGUACAACGGGCUGAAGCCGCUGGUCAUGCUGCUCAACGAAGCUGAAAACAAGCAGUUACUCGCCGCCACAACCGGAGCCAUCUGGAAAUGCUCCAUCAGCAUGGAAAACGUGGCUAAGUUUCAGGAGUAUAAGGCUUUGGAGACUCUGGUCGGUCUUCUUAAAGACCAACCCGAAGAGGUGCUUGUCAACGUGGUGGGGGCUUUGGGAGAAUGUGCACAAAUACCUGAGAAUCUUGCUACGAUCCGCAAGUGUGGAGGUAUCCAGCCGCUGGUCAACCUACUUAUUGGCACCAAUCAGGCCCUUCUAGUCAAUGUCACAAGAGCAGUGGGAGCCUGUGCCACUCACCCGGAGAACAUGACGAUCAUUGAUGGUCUUGAUGGCGUGCGUCUUCUUUGGUCUUUGCUGAAAAACCCCAAUCCAGAAGUACAGGCCAGUGCUGCAUGGGCCAUCUGCCCCUGCAUUGAAAAUGCAAAGGAUGCUGGGGAAAUGGUGCGUUCUUUUGUGGGUGGUUUGGAGCUCAUUGUUAAAUUGCUUAAAUCGCCGAAUAAAGACGUGCUGGCCAGCGUGUGCGCAGCCAUCGCCAAAAUUGCCAAAGAUGUGGAGAACCUGGCAGUUAUUACAGACCAUGGAGUGGUUCCAAUGCUGGCCAGUCUUACCAACACUGUGGAUGAUAAGUUACGACGUUAUCUGGCGGAAGCCAUCGCCCGCUGCUGUACAUGGGGAAGUAACUGUGUCUCGUUUGGGGAUGCUGGAGUUGUAGCCCCUCUGGUUCGCUAUCUUCGCUCAAAAGACCCUUUAGUCCACCAGUCUACAGCCCGGGCCCUGUUCGAGCUCUCCAAAGACCCUAGAAACUGCAUUACCAUGCACGAACAUGGGGUGGUCAAGCCGCUUGUGGACAUGAUCGGAUCCACGGAUGAGGUUCUGCAGGAGGCGGCGGCGAGCUGUGUGGCCAACAUUCGUCAUCUUGCACUAGUCUAUGACAAAGCUAGAUAUGGGUGACCGUGAGCAAAUCAAAGCAUUUGAAUAUGUUACUGUUCCUUCAACCACUACGCUGUUGUCUAUUAAAUGUUCAACUUGA